UGUGUGCUGUGGCGCCCAGCCUGCUUUAAUGUGGUGUUGUGAGCGUUUUCUAGCCAGUCUGCUGUUGAAUUUCGUUGCGUGCGGUGCCCCUAACGGAUGAAUUUUCGGUGCGGUGCUGUUUAAACAAUAUCUUGCAUUAACUAUAAAUUAUAAAAAAUGCUAGAAAACUCAGUCAAUUGUGUGCAACGUGCUUUAUAUUAGCGUUGGCAAAAAUAUGAAAUUUUUAUAGAAAAUAUUGCACAAUAAUUCCGUGUUAUAUGACAAACAAUCAUUUUAUGUUACACUGAGUGUUUGCUGGCCGAUAUUAUCUGAAGUACUUUUUGCAAAACGAAAAUAUAUCGUCACGAAAAUUAUUAUUGUUGUCCACAAACUGUUCGAAAAGCGCAUAUGUAACGGUGUCGGCGCCGUUCACCGUGUUUUUUGUUCGUUUUACCACCAUUUAGUGAAUGUAGGCAAUGAAAAACAAAUUUAUUGAACACAUUUUUAUGCAAUUUCGAUUUGAUUGUCAGCAAAAUUGCACAAACAUUCAUUGCUUGCGGCGCUAAAUGUGCUGUUUAUAUGAAAGGAAUGUGAAGAAAGAAAAAAGCAAAAAGAAAGUGUCGCCAAAAACCCCAAAAAACACUAAAAAGGAUUUACAAUCAACGACAUUAAAAUUGAUGUUUGUGCAAAACUUAUUGACGUUAGCGAAUUUAUUGUGCUAACUCCGACUCCGCUCAUCGACGGCAAAAGUGGAAUUUCUUAUUGGAAAACCAAACUUAAAUAAAAGUUGUUAUGAGCGCGCUAUGAAAAUAUGAUUUUUGGCUUCGUAAACUACAAACAAGAAAGUGUAAUUUACAGAAGAAAGUUAUAAAAAAGUGUCAGCAAAAAUUAAAAAAAAAUUAUUAAAAAUUAAAAAAUAAAUUCCAUAAUAGCUUAUGUUUCUCCAAAAGCGCUAUAAGUGAGCUUGAAACUCGUAAAAUACUAUUUACUAAAAGCGUUGACACCAAAACAAUAAAUUUAAGCACACACCAAUAAUAUGUGCUAGUAAGCUUUCAUAAAAGAAAACGAACACCUGUCGCGCAUGAAAGCUCCACAGUAAAAAUAACGUGAAGUCGCUUACAAAAAUUUUCUGUGUAAAAGCUCACGAACCAACACCUGUAGCGCAUGAAAGCGCCACAUUUAAAAAUAACGUGAAAUCGUUUUAAAAAGGUUUGUGAGUGAAAGCUUUGAAACACAAGUGUCACCAAGCAUUAUGGCAACAGACACAAAGUAAACAUAAAAAUAACGUUAAGUGUGCGAACUUUCAUACAAGUGCUAUAAAACUUUCAGACAAGUGCUAUUAGUGCUUUCACCUCUUAAAGCUUUAAGCUCGCAAGCAACUAUAAUAUGGCUACAGCCACAAAUUAUACAUAAAAAAUACCAUUAAGUGCGAACUUUCAUACAAAUGCUUUUGGAACUUUCAGCCAAGUGAUAUUAGUGCUUUCAUCCCAUGAAGCUUUAAGCUUACAAGCAACUUUAACAGUUUUAAAAAACUGAAAACAUGCACGACAAUUACAAAAUCGCAACACAAAUGCAUGCAAAGUCGACUAAACGAACUUGCCAAAACAAUAGCGCAUGCCGUAACACGCAUUUAUACACAACGCCGCCGACGAAAGCUCCGCUCGACAUUAAUAUACCACACGACUCAAUCAAUACAAUUACAGCAACGUUAAGUGACUUAAACGAUAUGCCGCACUACCGUUAUGGCGGUAGUGAUGCCUUAGCGUCCACCUUAUCACUGCUGCCGCUCGGACGACGUCGUUGGUUUCAGCGCCAAACUUGCUUGCUUUGCAUUUUGGCGGCAUUCAUUUGUGGUCUCUUCCUCGGCAUCUUCGUGCCAAUGGUGGAUUUGAGUAAUGUAUUUUCAAACUUAUCAACGGAGCCCGCGCCGCCUGCAGCUAUAGUGGGACAACACGUACCGCUCGGCUUAGCUGCUUCGGAUUGGGAACCGCUGCCUUACAAUAAAGUCAAAUUAGCAACACCCUUUAAUCGCACAACAGCGGCGACGCACAGAACCAACCUCAAGGAGGUGGCGCACAGCCCCUUUAGCGUCGCCUUCAUUAGCGAGCGCGAAGGCCGGAUUGGCGCGGAGGAAAUUUUGAGCGAUGGCGCGCAUCAUGCUGACGAUAGACGCGAUGCGCGUGUACAGCGCACGGCGGAUGCACCACUUGUGCAACCGACAGCGGAGCGUACGGCAAAAAUGCUGCACGACUUCGACGCACCAACUUGGUCGGAGCAACAAAGUUUAGAAAACAACAACAUAAUGACGAAGAAUAUACUACAACGACCGAACGCACAGAAGAAACAUCAGUCGGCAACAACGAGUGCACCGGGCAUCAUCAAAUCCAACAUCUACUGGGGUGAGCUGGUAGAGCGCGCGCUGCCACAAGGUUUCAGCGCACAAGACACACGCGAUUGGAAUGCCUAUGUUGCGUCCGAAACGGCAGUGCAACGACUAGAGCAGGGUUGCGGACGCAUGCAAAAUCGACUUCUCACCUUCCGUGAUGGCACACGCGCCUGUGCGCGCUAUCGGCAAAACACCGAUCAAAUACAAGGUGAACUUUUCUCCUUUUACUUGGGCCGCCUAUUGAAUAUGACAAAUCUCGCACCCAGCGCCGUACUCACGGUAAAUGUGGAAUCGGACAAAUGGGCCACCGUUGUGCCUGACAUAAUGCAAGCGCAAUGGAAGCAGCAACGCCCAGUGGUGUUGACGCGUUGGCUGCCAAAUCUGGAACCAGCCGGCAUACCACAACCCUUUCAACCCAUCGAUCGUCAUCUCAACAAGCAAGAUGUAUGGAAUAUAACAGCAGCGCUGACGACGACGACGACGGCUGACAAAGGCAGCUCUGUUAGCGCGGAAGCUGCCGAAAAUGCAUUAAACCAAGAUGCUCACUCUCUGGAUUCGUCCAUUAAUAUAUCCAUUACGCCAAACUCGUUGGCACUGGAGCGUCUAGUUGAACUCGCUCAAUGGUCGGACCUGAUAGUGUUCGACUAUUUGAUUGCGAAUCUCGAUCGUGUCGUCAAUAAUCUCUACAACUUCCAAUGGAACGCUGAAAUUAUGGCCGCACCGGCGCAUAAUCUAGCGCGUCAGUCCAACUCGCAGCUACUGAUCUUCCUUGACAACGAAUCCGGCUUGCUGCACGGUUAUCGCUUGCUCAAGAAAUACGAGGCUUACCAUGGUCUACUACUGAAUAACUUGUGCGUCUUUCGUGAGCCCACUAUACGCGCUUUGCGACAGCUGCGCGAUGCUGGCGCGGGUCGUAAACUGCGCGAGAUUUUCGAACAAACGGCGAGCGCCGAGGUACGCGAUGUGCUGCCGACGUUGCCGGACAAAUCAAUAAAAAUACUAAACGAUCGCAUUGAUCGGGUGCUAGGACAGGUGGAUAAGUGCAAGCAAAUGAUCAGUAAUAGCUAGUAACUUAUCUGCGAUGGCGUUAAAGCCUUUGUGAAAGCCCAAGAGAAACGUUUGCGGUGCUCAAUGUAAAAAUGUAUUCUAAAUUAGUUAGGUCUAGAAAUUUUAAUAUUUAUAUUAUAUUGCUAGUUAUAUAUAUGCGUAAUUGUAGGGCAUUAAGUAAUUGAGGCGCUCCGCACAAGUCACUGUAAAGUCAUAGCUUUAAGCUCAUAAAUGUGUAUUAGUGUAACUAUAAUGUCUUGAAAGCUGUAAGUCCUUACCAAAAGCAUCACAAAACGUAUAUGUUUGUAUGUAAAUCUGACUGAUACAAGUUAAAUUAUUUAUACAUAUGUACUCAAGUGGUGACUGUUAGAUUUGCCGCAGCGCAUUUUUCCCUAGUUGUGCUGAAAUUACUUUAGAUAUAUAUUUUAAAGCCUAUCUCUUGAUUUUUUUGCACAAAAUGUUGGGUUCCAAAAGUUUUGAGAUCUUAUUUGUGAAAUUUUUAAACAAAACUUUUCUACAUAAAAAAGGCUUGUGACAUGCUUGAAGUCUAUAUUUUCUUUAAAAGAGAUGUAGGAUAAUCUGGUAGGCCAAUAAGCCACGCAUAGACCAGUUUCGGUCCUUUGCGAUGCCAGUUGGAGUUCAGUUACUGGGUUCAUGCGAAGUAGUCAUCCCUUAAGAUGCCUGCGCUUGACGCGAAUUUUAACAGACUCUGUGGCCUCACUAUCGAUACCUUCUCCAGUGUAUCAUAUCGUGGGAUGAUGCUUACCGCCUAGUCUGGCCAAUGCGGGGCAAGUGCACAAGAGAUGCUCCAUUGUUUCCCUGGUGCCUUGGUCUAGAUAUUUCCUGCCGUCUUCUCGAUCUGGCAGCCCCAUUAAUUAAAUGUUCUUAAACUCAAGCGCAUCUACAAAAAACUCGCUUAGGAUAGCUAUUUUCGAUACCGAAUUAUUAAAAUUUCUUCGAAGAAAUGUCGCCACUUGUUAGAUAAAGAGAGAAAGCUGUGCUAUUUUUGAUAUAGAAAGACUGUUCUAAAACUUCUAAGCUACUAGAUGUGUUAGAUACAAUCCAAUUAUCUAUGACUGAUUGGUGCUAAGAAGUCAGUACAAUAAUUUAUAUUUAUUUUUCUGCUAAAAAAAUCUCAAAACAAUAAUUAUUGUUGUUGUUAUUAUAAUACCAUUACCCAGAUCAUUAGCUCCAGCAAUUUGAAAACAAUUUAUUUUUCACAGAUUUUUUUAUUUAAAAAUGUGUGUCAUAAAAGUGAAUUCAAGUUAAGCUUCAGCUCGCUCAAAGUUACAAAACAAAAUUAAAUUUCCAGCCAUAACCCUUAGUAAGACUCUAGUUAAAAUUUCAAACAAUGUAGCCUAUCCAAGUCAUCAACCAUUUCGUUUAAAUUUAGUAAAGUUCCAUGCCUACUGAGGAUUUUCCGCAAUACUUUAUCACAAGUCUAAAUUUUUUAAUUAUUUUUAUUUUAUUACGCCAUCUAUCUAAAAAAAAGAGCAGUUUAUAAACAUAAAGUAAUAAUAUUUCAUAAAUAUUCUUAUAUAUUUAUAUAUAUAUUAUAUGUACAUAUGUAUGUAUUCAAGUCACAAAGCCACUAGUUUCUAGCAUUAAGGAAAGGAGUAACGUUUGUAGGUCGAGUUUUGUAAGGCAAAUAAAAAUGUUUUACGUGUGAUUUUGUGAGCAAAUUAGUUUAUGUAUAACAAAUAAAGUCUAAUCAUAAGUUUUUCCUUCUACAUAUAAAUACAUAUUUAUAGACUCGAUAAUGUCUAAAAAAUUGUGAUAUAAUAUUUAAGUGCGAUUUGUAUAUGUAUGUUAAUUUAUUUAAAUAUUAAUCUAAAUAUACAGCGAAAAUGAAAUAAAUACUUACAAAAAUGAAUAAAAAUUAUUUUUUUUUAUAAAUAUUAUGGUGAAAAAAUAUUAGAGCGUAUGCUCUUUCAUAGCAUCAUUAUAGAUGUAACACAUUUUCUCCAUAUUUUGGCUUCAUAUGCGGGUGUAUUCGAUAUUGUGCUCUCUUUUACUGAUAUCCAUUGAUGAUUUUGAACCAUUUUUUUCAAGGGAUUUUUGUUCUCUCAUAACUACAAUCGUCCUUUGAAUAUAUCGAGCGAUGUGGUAGCUACCGUGCAUGAUCUUCUGCUUUCCCAAUUCAGAUAGCAUAUAGUUUACUCUUUCUUCGUCGUCAGCCUUUUUAGUAUUUGUAUUCACGGUAAACAAACUUGCGGUCUUCGA